AUGGAGGCCUACUCAACAUCGUUGCGACAGAUGGCCUCCAUAGCAGACAGCAUUUACCAAUCGGCUUUACAGAAGGGACUUAAUGCUGCAGCCGCAUUUCUAUAUCCUGGAUAUAAAUCAUACAAGGCAUUGUCAAAGCGUAACGUAGACGAAGUGGAAUUAGAAAGGUGGCUCAUGUAUUGGAGUGUCAUGGGGUUCAUUUCUGCAUUCGGUCAGCUUCACAACACACCUGCUAGCAAAGGAGACCCACUCAUACCUCCUAUCUUAGAAUACGUAGCUGAAUGGCUCAUUAGUUGGAUACCCUUUUAUUACUUCUUUAAAACAUUAUUCCUCUUGUUUUUGGCCCUCCCCCAAACCCAAGGUUCUACUUUCGUCUACUCGAUGCACUUAGCGCCGCUUCUACGAGGGCAUGAGGACCAAAUCGACUCCGCUCUAACUCAAGUCAAACUUGCUGUCUAUGAAUUUGUGCAAGAGAGAUUGCGGCUCGUAUGGAGUACAGUAGUUGGAGGGGCCCCUCCAUCAGCUACUGCCACAAGCGCGACGUUAACUACAAACGUGGCCGCA